GAGAAGGCAGGCGAGAGCUGAGGGCGGGAGGCGCCACGGCCUCGCAGACGCAGGCGCCAGCAGCCGGAGAGAAAGUUCCCGGGGAGAGCUCAUCCCCGGAGGGCCGACGUCGAGGCUGCUCCUGGCGAGGGUCGUAGGUCCCACGCGUCCCGCCUGCCUUCCCCCUGAGCGCCCUGGGCCGCCUGGGCUCGGCGUGCUGGGAAGCCGGGAGCGCUGCUGGCCAGCGGCCGCCGCCAAACUUGGUGGGGGAGGAUGCUGCGAGUGGGAGCUGCGGAGCGGGGCGCGGGGGCGCCCUGAGUGCUCCCCCGGGCGCCCGCGGCCACUGCUACCAGGGCUGCGGCCGGGCGAGGGCGCCGAGGCUGAGCGGACAGGUAGCGGUACCAGUGCCGGGACUGCGCCAGCCCUGUAAGCCAGGGCCGCCAGCGCCACCGUGCCGGCGUCGGCCUCCUCGCCACGGAGCCAUGGUGCGCGGAGCGCGCACGCCGAGCGCGGGACUCUGAGCUCCGGCCGUGCCGCGCGGCCCCACCUCCACCCUCCCCUCCCGGCUUCCCCGCCGACCUCGCCCGCGGGCCAUGAAGCUGUGGCCCGGAGGCCCUCGCCUCUGAGGCUCGCGCAGCCCGCUCUAGUCCACGCCGCUCAGCCACAGAUAGCACCUUGGCCGCUGGAGCUCCCCAUCCUCUCCCAGAGACAGCAUCCAGGCGCUCCGGGAUGGCGCUCCGCGGGCCCCUCGGGCGGCGCAAAGUUCGCAGGAGGCGAGAGAUGCUGUCACAGCAAGUUGGCUUCGUGUGCGCGGUGCUGGCUCUGGUCUGCUGUGCAUCUGGUUUCUUUGGCAGCUGGGGGCACAAAACGGCUUCUGCUAGCAAACACGUUCUGCAAGACACAUGGAGAAAUAGAAGGCUGAUGGCACCAGUGAAUGGGACUCAACCCGCUAAGAAUUGCACAGACCCGGCGAUUCACGAGUUCCCCACUGACCUGUUCUCCAAUGAGGAGCGACAGCACGGAGCCGUCCUGCUGCACGUCCUCGGUGCUCUGUACAUGUUCUAUGCCUUGGCCAUCGUGUGCGAUGACUUCUUUGUUCCGUCUCUAGAGAAGAUUUGCGAGAAACUCCAUCUGAGCGAAGACGUGGCUGGAGCCACCUUCAUGGCUGCAGGAAGCUCGACACCAGAACUCUUUGCCUCUGUUAUUGGCGUGUUCAUCACCCACGGAGACGUCGGGGUGGGGACCAUCGUGGGCUCUGCUGUGUUCAACAUCCUGUGUAUAAUUGGAGUUUGUGGAUUAUUUGCAGGACAGGUGGUGCAUCUGACGUGGUGGGCCGUGUGCCGCGACUCUGUGUACUACACCCUCUCUGUCAUCGUGCUCAUUGCUUUCAUAUAUGAUGAGGAGAUUGUAUGGUGGGAAGGCCUGGUGCUCAUCAUCUUGUACGUGUUUUACAUUCUGAUCAUGAAGUACAAUGUGAAGAUGCAGGCCUUUUUCACAGUCAGACAAAAGACCAUUGCGAAUGGCAACACGGUGAACAGUGAGCUGGAGGAUGGUAAUGACUGCUGUGAUAACAGCUCUGAUGACCCCUCCGUGCCGUUGCUGGGGCAAGUGAAGGAGGAGCCGCAGUACAGCAAAAACCCAGUGGUGAUGGUGGACGAGGUCAUGAGCUCCAGCCCUCCCAAGUUCAACUUCCCGGAGGCGGGCUUGCGUAUAAUGAUCACCAACAAGUUUGGGCCCAGGACUCGACUGCGGAUGGCCAGCAGGAUCAUAAUUAACGAGAGGCAGAGGCUGAUCAACUCGGCCAACGGUGUGAGCAGCAAACCGCUUCAAAACGGGAGACACGAGAGCAUAGAGAAUGGGAACGUUCCCGUGGAGAACCCCGAAGAGCUGCAGCGGGAGCAGGAGCAGCAGCCGCCCCCGCCCCCGGAGCCAGAGCCGGUGGAGGCCGCCUUCCUGUCCCCCUUCUCCGUACCCGAGACCAGAGGGGACAAAGCCAAAUGGGUGUUCACCUGGCCACUCAUCUUCCUCCUGUGCAUCACCAUCCCCAACUGCAGCAAGCCCCGCUGGGAGAAGUUCUUCAUGCUGACCUUCGUCAUUGCCACACUGUGGAUCGCUGUUUUCUCCUACCUGAUGGUGUGGCUGGUGACUAUUAUUGGAUACACCCUCGGGAUCCCUGAUGUUAUCAUGGGCAUUACUUUCCUUGCAGCAGGCACGAGCGUUCCAGACUGCAUGGCCAGCUUAAUCGUGGCGAGACAAGGCCUUGGUGACAUGGCGGUCUCUAACACCAUAGGAAGCAACGUGUUUGACAUCCUUGUGGGACUCGGCAUACCGUGGGGGCUACAAACCAUGGUUAUUAGUUACGGAUCCACAGUAAAGAUCAACAGUCGGGGUCUGGUCUACUCCGUGGUGUUGCUGUUGGGCUCUGUUGCUCUCACUGUCCUCGGCAUCCACCUGAACAAGUGGAGGCUGGACCGGAAGCUGGGGGUCUACGUGCUGGUCCUCUACGCCGUCUUCCUGUGCUUCUCCAUCAUGAUAGAGUUUAACGUCUUCACCUUCGUCAACUUGCCAAUGUGCCGAGAAGACGAUUAAAGCGGAGCUGCUGCCCCCUUCCUGGAAGCUGCUCUGGGCUGGCGUCCUCCUUUCCCUCCCCCCCCCCACCCCCGACACGAGUCUCUCCUGCAUCAGCAGCCACCGUCUGUUCUUUCAUCCACAGGAAGGAAGAGCCCUCAUGGUCUUUGUCUGGCCACGGGCCAGGCUGCUGGGCAUCCUCCUCCUCCUCCUCCUCAGAGUUCUGGCCCCCCAAUAGGCAAGAUUCGGGGGCCACUGUUGGAGCAGCUUCGCAGACCUCUGAGCUGCCAGCCAUAGCGCUGUGGCAUGUGUCUCCUCUCUUGGACACUUGGGUCAGAAGGACUUCUGUGCGCGGGUUGCCUCUCUGUUGCACGGCAGCCUUGGAAAUGAGGCGGUCGGUGAACACAAGGCCUCCUGGGGUGAGUGCAAACUAGAAAUGUUCUCAGGGGCCCCCUCUGGGCCGGAGGGGGCUCUACUGAGAGCCUCUGAAUCCUGUCGGGAGCAUCUCAGCUUGGAGGGCGCAAGGCUCGAUCGACCUGUUGGGAAUUGGAGGCGAUGAUAGCAAAUGCUCCACCCCUUUUUCUAGAAAAAUUGGAAGACUGGAAACAGUUGUUCACAGCAAAAGAGAGACAGUGAGUGACUCUCUUAUCAUGUGUAUGGAGGCAAUCAGAGAAUGAGCAAUGAAACAUUCAACAUCAAAUGUCAGCUCUAGAUCAUCAUACUUGAAAACAUAUCAUUCCAUGCAAAGGACCUGGAUGGGAACCAAAACGGGAAUGCUUAAUGGAAAACAGAUCCUGUGUGUGUCACGUUGUGUUGACACUAAGAUGACUGGUUUGGAACAUAAGAGGGAAAGACUAACAUCUCAACAGGUGCUAACUCAGAGACACGCUGGAGACUGUCGUUUACAGCCAUUCAUUCCAGACCUCCUGUGGGAUGUGACGUGCUGUCCGCUUGGGUUUGUCAUUUCUUUGUUCAUGCUCUGCUCUCCAAACCGCCCUGUUCAAAGACCCAAUUGUUUAUAUGCCCAACAAAUUUCAGAGCCCGCUGAACUGGAAUGAGUGUGCCAGAAGUCAUAGUUAGUGACAAGAAGAGAGAGGUCCUGAAAAACCACUGGUUGCUCUCUGGUUAGCUGGAGGCAAGUAUGAAAACCGUAACUUGGAAUUUUUUAGAACUAAGUUUCUUGAACCUUCUAGUCUGCUACGCAUGAAAGGCCAAAGAUGGGAGGCGGAUUCAAAAGUAGAUAGAAAAAUACUUGACAAUUGUCGCCUGCUUCAGAGCUCUCCAAUAUAGAUUAAAAAGAUUUAUGAACACAAACCAUCCGUGGUUUCUGAACAGAAAGCACAAUGAAUUUUAUAUAGAGGCGGGUUUUUUUUUUAUUUUUUUAAUGUUUCUAUUGCAGAGGUCUAUCAGAUUUGAUGCACUUUUAAUAUUGGGAUAUUUUGCACAGAAGACCGUAUGGGAAUGCCCCGUGACUGUGUAAAAAAAAAAAAAAAAAACGGAGGCUUUUAUCGAGUCACCGAUAAUCGGCCAUGGGUGAUGAGUGUGAAUCCAACAGCCGAUUCUUUCCUGAGACGCAGGUUGGGACCCGCAGUGGAAUUUGUGGCUGGGCUCUUCAGGGCCUCCUGCAUUUCAGAAGGAGAACGUGUUCAAGCUUGUGUCCCUUAAAUUCCUUUAGUGUGAGCCUGAGAUGUGACAGCGCCAUCAGCAAGCUUCUAUUCUGGAUCCUCAUCAGUGUUAGUAGCUACACCAGGUUAAGGCUUCUCCCUUUGUUUCUCGUGGUCUGCAAGUUGAGGACAAGGGCAAUUUUCCUAAGAAAUUAGCUAAGGGAGAGGCCAGGGAGCCUGUAAGUGCAUCACUGUAAACUUUCACAUGCAGGUAGCAGCUCCUUCAGGACCACUCUGUCCGUCUAGAAUAGUAGCUGGUCUUCUCCGUCUUACAGACUCAUCCAGUUUUCAAAAUUCAUCUGUCCCUGUUGUGAUGCUCAAAACUGCCCUGUGAUUUAAGGAGGGAUUAUUUUCCUUGUUUAACAGGGAAUAUAGUCUUGGAAAAGGCAGGUGACUCUGGAUCAAUGGCUAGUAAGUAGCAGGACGGGGGCCAAGCUCCAGAUCAUCACCCCUCCCAGCUCAGCCAGUCCAGUGUGUGGCCAUCCUUGGUGGCCCAGGCAUGGAUGUGUCCUUGCCCUUGAGGUUGGUCCGUAUUGUUUGAGUCAAAACUUCAUCACAUUUUGGAGUUCCCAUUGUGGCUCACUGGGUAAAGGACCUGACAUAGUCUCCAUGAGGA